CAUUGGCGAGACGCCACGUGCCGUUUGAUCAAUAAAACAGCAUCGAUUUAGCAGCGCAACCGGCGCAGCCCAGAGCCCAAAGAAGAGCCUUCAGUACGCAGUGUCGUAAACGGAAGAUACUUUCAGAAGUCGCUGUUGGGGUGAACUGGACUAACGAGUAACGAGAACAAGUUUUAUUUCGCAAACCACUGGAAAUCAUAGUCGCUGAAUAAGAAGCCGGACAAGAACAUGAGCGAUGGUGGCGCGGAGGCACACACUGUCGCCGAGUCCGAGGAGCCUGCCACUGCCGACCACACCGAUGGUGAAGCUCCGGCUCCGCAGGAAAACGGCGAGCACAAUGGACCAGCAGAGAGCGAGGGGCCAAAGGAAGAUAGCGAACAUCCCGCUGGAGAAGAUGAAUACGGUGUUGUGCCGGACGUCCAAAGCAACUUGUCGGACAAGUCUGACCAAGAGUCGCACGACGAUGUGCUCAGCGAAGGAGAAGAAGCCGCUGCUGGUGAGCGCGAUUCGGCGAGGAAAGAGAGCAUAAGAGACCGCCUGAGACGCGAGGGUCGUGAGCGUGCGAGGAGUGAGAACUACCAGUCAGAGACGCAGCUGGCGGAGUUAGACUCGACUGCAUUGAUUAAAAAGCCGCCGAGCGUUUCGGACAUUCACAUUCUUGCCAGAGAUGACUAUCCUGAGAGCUACACUUCAGAUACGCCGAAGGAGACGAAACUCUUUCAGCAUACGCAGCGAUUUCUCGCGCAGUACACUCAUCUGUAUCCUGAUCGCAAGCCGCCAUUCCUCAACCCGCUCAACGACUGUCGAAUGCCGAAGUGUGCGAGCACUUUUAUUCGACCAUCCCUGCUGCCGUACCUCGACUGCUAUGACUGGCAGGGCUGCGCAAGUUUCGUCGCCGACCAUCUCGACUAUCGACCCCUGAAACAGCCGACAGAGACGCCCGAGGGGAUGAUGUCUCCGGCCACCGUGCUGCGCUAUCAGACGGCCAACUGCUUCGAGAUGAGCACGGUGCUGUGCUCGCUGCUGGCCGGCGCUGGGUACCGCGCCUACGUUGUGUCCGGCUACGCAGUGCGAGCAGUCUGUCUCCGCGACACGACUCGCGUCGUCUGCCCGGACAUGAUGCAUAAGGACGAAGACGACUCGACUGUAGAGUCUGCACCAGAGAACAGGUACCAGCUGAAGCCGCAGAAAGAACUGGCCAGCAAGUAUGAGCAGAUGAUGGAGGAGCGAGUGCGGGAAGCCGCGAGGAAAAUGGAAAGGGAGAAGCUGCAGCGCGAACUGGAGGAGACAAACGAGAGGGAGAAGGAGCCGCCCGAUCCUCUGUUUGGCAUGCGCGUGCACGCCUGGGUGCUGGUGCUACCAGGCGAGCGGGACGUCACUGAGCCGUUCUUCAUCGAAUCCACCACAGGCAUGGGGAAGGGAAUACGGUGCGGCGACUACCUGGGCAUCGAAUCCCUCUGGAACCAGACUAACUACUGGAUCAACCUGCAGUACUGCAUCAACGGUGUGCGCGACCUCGAGUACGACCUAUUCAACCCGGCGCACUGGGAGUUCCUGCUGCUACGCGACGCGCUGCGCACCCCACAUCCUGACGAGCUGGAGACCGACCUGGAGGAGGCCGUGCUAGACGCCGACCGGCUCAUGGAGAUGCCGCUGUCCUGGGUGGAGCGUCUGCAGGUCUCUAAGGAGCGGUACGACGAACGUUUUCCGUGUGGCCGAAAGGUGAUGCGCUUCUACCGUUCGAGGCUGGAGCAGUUCUCGCCGUACACGAUGAAGGACGGCCUCGUUCGCCGGCUGACCGUCUACUCCGACUUCAGCUGCGAUACGGUGGAAACGAUAACGGAGUCGUAUCUGCACCGCGCUGACCGGCUCAUCAGCCGCAAAAUCACGCCGGCGACUGGCUGGAUAGAAGACAAAUUCCAGCGAGGCCGGGACGAUGCACUUCAGGAGCAUCAGUACGCGGUGCUGGGCCACAACCCUGAGGACAGGCGAGUGAUGCGCUACUUCCCGAAGACGCGUACAGACUGCCUGAUCGCACGCACCGUUGGUGAAGGUGGCUUCAUUGAGGAGGACUUCCAAGACCGCGACGACAAGCUAUAUCGCCGUGUCACCGAAGUCGGCGCCAUCCAGAAGAAGUUCGGCCCCGCCGGCACCACGCGGAAGCCGCUAGUGAGCAUCACUGAGCGGAUGCACAGGAAUCCCCGCGGCGACGGAGACGACGGCGUCAGCGAGAGAACGUUCGACCUGGCGGACGCCAAGAUCAGUGUCGUGUUCCACGCGCGCAGAGGCCGAGUGACCGCGGAGCGACGCGAGUUCGCCAAACCCCACCCGGACGACAAGGCACGGCUGGUACCGAUCCUUGAGGAGGCCGCCGCCUCCGGGUACAGCGCCGAUGUCGACGAGCUCCCGCCGCGUAUGCUCGACCUCUACUACAUGAUGAAGGCGCAGAUGGACGACGAGGAGCGCGCGGUGGCCGCCGUCCGCGAGGCCGAGGACGAGAUAGUCGAGCUGCUGAACGCCCGCACCCAGGAGGAGGCGGCGCUCGACCUGGAGAAGGCGCUGUUCGAUAGUGACCUCGUGCCGCAAAUUCGCAGCGACCGCAAAGACCUGGAGGCGUUCAUCGCAGCCCAGUCCACACGCCUCGUUGAAAAGGACAAAGAUCCUCUGGGGCCGUUCUUGGCCAGGCUCAACAUACCCGAGUCCGAAAUGAGCACACCGGUGCGUUUCAAGCUGCGUGAUGAGUGCAUGCAGGCGUUCCGCCAGAGGCUGGUCGACAAGGCGAACCGUCUGCAGAAACAGUUCGAGGAGGAGACUGAGGCGCUGCAAGACCGACAGCACUGGUACCAGCAGAACUACGUCGGUCUGACGGAGGAGGAGGAGCAGGAGUACCUGAGGUUCUGCCACGACACCAUGUUCCGGCUGCACGUGCUGGAGCUGCUGCUGGAGAGACACAAACAGAUGGCGCCGGUCAAACACCAGACCCUGGAGAGGCGGCUCAGAAGCGACCCCCGCAUCACAGGCCAGAACGCAGACGGAUGAGAGACGUCCCUGCAGGGAAUUCGGCGUGAACUACCCCAAGUAGAGCGGCAGCAGCAGCAGCAGCAGUAACGACAAUGUGGGCUCCAAUGUGUGAACAGUCAACUUGUCACGAAAAUGAAUAGGACAGGGUAACAGCGAAUGGCUCUUUGUAUCGGGAGCCUCUUGUCAUACUUUUGUGAGUAGCGCACCGAAAAAGACAGGCGUAACGCUGAACACGUCUUUUCUGUCUGAGGAACAUCGUGUCUUCCUUAAUGAAAUGAUCUGCAAUAUAUAUGAUCGGCAAAAGCUUA